AUGAACAUGGAUAAAUGUGAUGUUGAAUGGAUAAAAAAAUGGAAACCCUACGAGCAGGCUUUUGAACUGACCUCAAAGUUAUUAUUCAAGAUCAACGGAUUCUCAAGAAGCAACCACUUGAAACCAUCGCCUAACACACCACUGUACAAGUAUAGACAUGUUAUUGAGAAUUUGAAGAUCCCUUUGAAGCUCCGGCUUUUUAAGGGUAACACCACCUCGCCGGAGCUGAUGAACCACCUGUUUGACUUGAUGAAAACGAACAUGAAGGUGCUUUACGACGAGACUAAUUUUUAUGGUGGUUGGGACGACCGGAAGAAGCUGGCUGAGAUGAAAUACUAUAAGACACACAUCAUAGCCCUUUUCAACUAUAAUUCUUUAAUUGGAUUCACUAGUUACCGUUUUAUUGUGAUGAGAGAGUGUCAGGACCCUACUCCUGCUCUUUACAUCUACGAGUUGCAAAUAAAGGAAUCAUACAGGAACAAUGGUCUUGGGAAGUUUUUAAUUUCUGUACUGGAACUCGUUGCACUUUCAGUGAACUGCAAGAAGCUGAUGUGCACUGUGCUGAAAUCGAACGAGAGAGCCGUUUCAUUUUACAUGAACAAGUGCGACUUCGUCGUCGAUGAAAGCGACCCCGAUACCGAGUACAAGGUUCUAAAACUUGAACUGAAACAGUUGUAG